AUGACCUCCUCUACACGCACCGAAACCGACACCAUGGGCCCUGUCGACGUGCCCACCUCCCGCUACUGGGGCGCCCAAACACAGCGCUCGCUCACCAACUUUGACAUUUGCCGCUCCACUGACCGUAUGCCCACCCCCGUCAUCCACGCCUUCGGCGUCCUCAAGGAAGCCACGGCCUUCGUCAACAGCAGCUUCGGCCUUGACCCUUCGCUCGCAGAGGCCAUUCAAGCUGCCGCCCGUGAGGUCUCAUCCGGAAAGCUGGACGAUCACUUCCCCCUCGUCGUUUGGCAGACAGGCUCCGGUACCCAGUCCAACAUGAACGUGAACGAGGUGGUGUCCAACCGUGCCAUCGAAAUGCUGGGCGGCGAAUUGGGCUCCAAGUCUCCCGUCCACCCGAACGAUCACGUCAACAAAAGCCAGUCCUCCAACGACACCUUUCCCACGGCCAUGCACAUAGCGCUCGCCCGCGAGGUCACCUCUCAUCUCAUCCCAUCCCUUACUGCCCUUGCAAAUGAGUUUGACGCCAAGGCGCGCGAGUUUGACACCAUCAUCAAGAUCGGGCGCACGCACUGCAUGGACGCCACCCCCCUGACAGUCGGGCAGGAGUUUUCGGGCUACGUGCGUCAGCUACGCCAGGCCGUGACGCGGAUCGAAACAACGUUGCCAGAUGUAUACGAGCUGGCCAUCGGCGGGACGGCAGUCGGCACGGGGCUCAACGCGCCGGUCGGGUUUGCAGAACAGGUGGCGGACAAGGUGGCGCUGCUCACAGGACUGCCGUUCACGUCGGCGCAGAACAAGUUCGAGGCGCUAGCGUCGCACGACGCGGUGGUGGCGACGAGCGGGGCACUCAAUGGGGCAGCGACGGGGGUGAUGAAGAUCGCGAAUGACAUCCGGAUGCUGGGAUCCGGACCGCGAUGCGGGCUGGGCGAGCUGAAACUACCGCCCAACGAACCCGGGAGUUCGAUCAUGCCGGGCAAAGUGAACCCGACGCAGUGUGAGGCGGUGACAAUGGCGUGCGCGCAAGUGGUCGGAAAUCACGUGGCUGUGACAGUGGGAGGGAUGAAUGGGCACUUUGAGCUCAACGUGUUUAAACCUCUGAUGAUCUACAAUGCGCUGCACAGCGUACGGCUGCUCGCUGACUCGGCAGAGUCCUUCCGGAAAAACUGCGUGGCCGGGUUGCAAGUGGACGAGGGGCGCGUUAACGAGCUGCUGAACAGCAGCCUGAUGCUGGUGACAGCGCUCAACAGCGAGAUCGGAUACGACAAGGCGGCCAAGAUCGCUAAGCAUGCGCACGAAAAGGGAAUGACGCUGCGCGCCUCGGCGAUCGAGCACGGGAUGACCGGGGAAAGAUUUGACGAGGUGGUGGUGCCCGCAAACAUGAUCGGCCCCAAGUAGGCUAGGUAGCAAAGACUAAAACGAUUUUGACCACAAGCGUUGCGGUCGGCGUUUAUUCCGCGCCAAAGGCUAUU